AUGAUGAGUUACGUGGGUGUUCUGCUCCUGGCCAGUCUGGCAACAGCCUUGUCCACCGUCCAAUUCCCUGACAAUGCCAAUCACAUAUUCAACGCAAUCCAUUCCUCAAUGAGACAAUGGGGCUCGUCCCUCCAUCAUAAUGGCAUGUCCUUUUUCCUCGCAUCCGUGCCUGCAGGCACCCAGCUGUAUCACGGCACACACCAGUGUGAUCGAGUGAAUGAGACAGAAUGGCUCGCCUUUGAACCCGAACACGCGAUGGUCUUUGCGACGUUCGGACAAGGUCGUAGACCUCCAUCUGGCGGUCCUGACAGUCCUGGUUCUGAUGACCCACGCGGCUCUUCGGCCCAAAAGCUCCUGGGACUGAUUGGCGAGACGGAAAAUGACUCCGAACCUGAAGGCUGGCUGCAUACGUACGCGGCUGCCAAGGACUUGCGGCUUGUGUAUAUCGACGGAAUGUCCGCUGCCAAGUCCUCGAACGGGACGCUCGACUCUCAGGAUCGCAUUUUGCUGCGGGAUGCGCUGGAUGACGGAAACGGGGACCCGAUGCGCGACGAAAAGCGGCGCGUGGAGACGAUUUGCCGGAUGGCGAGGGAGGAAUGGGAGGAUCGGAUUGACGGGGUGAUUCGUAUGGAGGCUGGGUUUGAGAUCAUCUUAUGUGAUUUCGCUCGCGAUUUGGACCUGCUGCAUGUGGUGCGGGUGAAACUCGACGGUAAUGGCCCGGGGGCUGGGCCUGGACGCGAGCCUGGCCGGGGCAAAGAGAUGGGAAAGGGGCCUGGCGGAACGGCUGGACCGAACCAGUGGGUGAAGGCCAUUGCGGCCCGGUACGAUGGGAUUGGGGGACGCAGGGUAGCGUUGAACUACGAUCACUUUGUCACGGCAUACACCUACGGCUUGGACCUUUUCGCCUCAGCGGAGGGAGGCCGUAGUCUACCACGACUGCAACACCUGUCGUCUGCUGACCUGGAUCCUAUCCGCAUGGAUUUACACCGAUUGAUCAUGACUCAUGACACGAACGAGUCUUCAUUCGACUGGCAGGCCGUCACGGACAUGGUGAUUGAGCGGUAUGCACACGAGCUGCGGUACCUGGCUUCUGGGGAGCUCUCGACCACGGAGCAGCUGCAUGCGGAGCUGGAAAUCAUCCUUAGCCCAUUUAUCGACUACAGCGACCGGAACAUCACCCUCGAGGUAGAUCGAUGUAGUGCGCAGUUUCUGUCUGCGCGCAGUCCGGCAAAAGGUGUAGCUGCACAUGCUGUCCGGUCCGUUGCUCGGACAAUCUGCUCGACUUUGCUGGAGGCGUGGGGCCAGACAGACUACGGACUGGCAGUGAACCAAAUUAACGAUCUAAUGGAGUAUCUGUCAUGGACGACCUGGAAGGGAUGCAGUGGAUGCGGCGACCAUGAGAUCUGUGUUAUUCCUAUCUGGCCGAUGGGUACAGUGGAGGAUUACGAGCAUCCGCGGUGCCGCGAUGCGAGUCAACCAUACAGGGAGGGCUCUAGAUAUUGGGGACGUAUUCGGCCUAGAUAG